AUGCGGUCCUCGGCCUUUGCACCUGCUCUCGUUCUCAUCACAUCCUUCGCACCAUCAACAAUAGCCUUGAAAGCGUCUACAUCGUCUCCAUGUGCAGCUCAGUGUGGCAAUGAGUUGGGGAGUACCUCUGGGAGUGAUAUUGUCUGCGCAAAUGCCGAUUACAAGUCAGCCCCAGCGGGCAUAGUAUUUUCAACAUGCGUUUCAUGCCAGUUAGGGAGCCAAUAUGUUGAUCCAGUCACCAAGCAGUCGGAUCUUCAUUGGGCGAUCUACAACCUGCGAUAUGCUACAAGUUGGUGUCUAUUUGGGUUUCCAGAUAACAAGAACGUAGCAGGCGGGCCGUGUAUAACAAGUACUUCCUGCGGGUCUCUUCAAAGUGCCUUCGAGUUUGAUUCACUGUCUCUCAAUGCCAGCAGUUAUGGUUUCUGCCCGCUCCUACCUGCUGUCACUGUUCCGCAUUGCACUUCUUGUCUCGCCUUACAGGACGACCAGUCCUAUAUUACGAACUUCGUAACAACUCUCAAUGCCGGCUGUCAACAGCAACCAGCACCGGGAAGCAAACUUUAUAUUGAGGGCAGCCUGUUUUCCACAACUCUUGUCAACAUAACUUCCCCUGAUACGGCACCAAUUUCGCACUAUCAAGGACCUGGAAACGGAAGUUUGAACUUGGGAGCCAAGAUCGGCAUUGCUGCUGGAGGUCUCGUUAUCCUACUGUCCGUCAUAGGCUGUUGCAUCAUCUGGCGAGGAAAGAAACGUCGUAGAAGGUACUUGAUGAAGCACCAGCAAGAAACCGGAUAUGCAGAAUGGGUCUCGCAGCAAAAGGCAGCAUCGAUGUCACCACCAAUGCCGAGCCCUGGAGGGUUCUUCGAAAGUCCUCAGAGUCAGCGACCCUUGGUAUCAUCGCAGCCAUGGGCACGAGGAGUGCACGACGAAGAAAGCCCCGCUAGCGCCAUGGGAGAGAAAGUCUACUUCAGCCCAUACUCCAGUCAGUACAACAGUCCCGUGGACGCCAACGACCAAGUCCAAAAUAUCGGGAGCGUCAGAGACUGGCCAAUAGACAGGAAAGGCAGCUUUGGAGCGGCAGGAUCAUCUGGUGUUCGCAGUCGCAGUCGAGAGAAGAGGGAGACCAUCGAGAUGCAGAAUGUCACCCCUGUACUGUUACAUCCAGGACAUGGCAGGGGGGCCGGUCCGCUGACCGACGAGGAUGUGAGGAGGGGACACGCCUUGUGA